AUGAACACUAGUGGUACGGCUUCCACCCCUCUUGCUACCUUACUCGAAGCUUCCCGCGAGAAAAGUAGAAUCAUUAAGGAACGCGACGAGACAUACCUUCACUUGACCGGGGAGCGAAAUAAGGACAAUUGGACGCAACAAAUAAAGGAAAUUCUUAUUCGACUUACACUAUUGCAACAGGCAGCGCGCGCAAUUACAGCACAGAGACCAUAG